AUGAUGAAGUUGUUUUGGCAGCAACAGCAAAAGGUUAUGGGUUAUGGAGAUGCACGGCAAAUGAGAUGGCAUCCAACAAUGAUUCGCUUUUGCCUUUCAAUUGCCUUAAAGUCACCAUCCGCCUAUGACCAGCUAAGCAAAGUUCUAAAGUUGCCUAGUAGACGGCGGCUGAGAGAUUACAAAAAUGUGAUCAAACCCAAAGCAGGUUUCAACAAAGAUGUCAUUAAGGAGUUAAUAUCGACAACAAAAGAGUAUGUUGGUAUUCAACACUACAUAGCAUUACUAUUUGAUGAAAUGAAAAUUCAGUGUAACCUCAUAUUUGACAAAGAAACUAAUGAGUUAGUUGGUUUUGUAGACUUUGGUGAGCCGAGUAUAAAUUAUGUAACUCUGGAUGAUGUUGAUGAGUUAGCUUCACAUGCCUUAGUUUUUUAUGUUCGAGGAUUGGCAACUGAUUUGAAUUUCUGCUUGGCAUUUUUUGCAACACAUGAUGUUACUGCCCUCCAAUUAAUGCCAUUGUUUUGGCGAGCUGUUAGUAUUCUGGAACUGACUUGCAAUCUUUGGGUAAUCUCGGCAACUGCAGAUGGUGCUUCAUGCAAUCGAAAGUUUUUUAAAUUUCACGAAGACUUGCAAAAAGAUUCAGCUGAUAAAUCUGUUGUUUACAAGACAAUAAACAUUUUCAAGCCCCACCGAAAUAUAUACUUUUUCUCAGAUGCACCCCAUCUUAUGAAAACUUGUAGAAACUGCCUUUACCAUUCUGGUGUUGGUUGUACUCGCUACCUAUGGGAUAAUGGAAAGCAUUUAAUUUGGGACCAUAUAUCAAAUAUGUACCGUCUGGAUUUAGACUGUGGACUUCACCUAGUACCUAAACUCACUGCUGAUCACAUUUUGCUCACUUCAUACUCAACCAUGCGUGUUAAGCUUGCAGUUCAAAUAUUAAGUAACACAGUUUCAACUGCCUUGAAACACCUAAUGUCAGAUGAAGCAAGCGAAACUGCGAUGCUCUGUUCAAUGAUGAACAAAUUUUUUGAUUGUGGCAAUGUACGCUCAACCACAGAGCACAACUGGAAAAAUAAUGAUGAUGUCAAGCCCUAUCAAGAUCCUGAUGAUGACCGUUUGCUGUGGUUAACAGAGGUAUUUCUGCCUUAUUUUGAGAGCUGGAAAAGUAGCAUCUCAAAGCGGACAGGAAACUUUUCACCUCAGCAACAACAGAAUAUGUUUAUAUCGUGGCAAACAUAUGAAGGGAUCAAGAUGACAUCAUACUCUCUUAUAGAAGCAGUCAGGUUUCUUUUAAAAGAAGGAUUCAAAUUUGUUCUUACAGAACGAUUUUGUCAAGACGUGGUUGAAGAAUACUUGGGUUACCUACGUGCAAUUGGUAACAGAAACGACAACCCAAAUUUGUUCGAGUUCGGCUAUAAUGCUAAUGCCCUAUCCAUUCAGAGAAAUAUCCUGCCUGCAAUUCAAGGUAAUGUAGCCGGCAGGCAUUCCAAAAAACAAAAAAAUAGUACUGAAAUUGAUGAUACUCCACUAAAGGCAAGGAAGUCAAAAUCAAACAAAAAGACUUUAUAUAAUAUUGUGGAUUCCUGUUAG